CCCGUCGAGUGUAUCGGUUGCUAUAGUAACUGUAGCACGCUGCCUCCUUGAGGAAGGAUGCGCCUCUUGUAAGACUUGUUCGUGACUUGUCGCAUUUAUGAGAUUCUUCUUUUGUGGCCCCCGCCUGUGAGCUGAUGUGAUCUCCCCUAGAAGGAGUUGUUGUGAAUUUGAGGUCUUGCUCUGUAUAGGAAAUUAUGGGGACUCCGGCUCAAAAUGUUCCUCCCACUACCUGUCAACAGCUACAGGCCUAUGUUGCCUGGGUGAACUCCCAACUGAAGAAGAAGGCAGGGGUCAGUCCUGUACAGGAUCUCCGGCUGGACCUUCGAGAUGGGGUGGUUCUAGCCCAUCUGAUAGAAAUAGUGGCUGGUGAGAAACUCAGUGGAAUUCACUGGAAUCCGAGUUGCUCCCAAGAAAUGAAGGACAAUGUGGAUAAAGUUUUGCAGUUUGUUGCAUCGAAAAAGAUCAGAAUGCAUCAAACAUCAGCAAAAGAUAUUGUUGAAGGAAACCUGAAGUCUAUCAUGAGACUAAUACUCACCUUAGCGGCUCAUUUCAAACCAGUGUCUGGACGAUCCACCAAUCAGGGUGCAGUGGGUGUGCCCGGAAAAAGCCAGUCCACGUAUUCUGCCAAUCACAGACCUCACUCUACUACGGCAAUGGCACAGGGCGCUGCCGCAGCCCUUGCUGAUGUUCGCCAGGACAUGUCUCGCUCAGGACGAGAUAUUUUCCGUUAUCGACAAAGGAACAGCAGUGUGGAAGACGAGAUUGGAAACCCAUACUGGAGUGUGCGAGCAAUGGUGGAGCAAUAUGAGGGUCAUCAAGGGAGUCACUCUCCAUCAGAGUCAUCCAGCCUGGCAUCGCCAAGUCCUGUGCACAGCGCAAAGUCAGAGGUCAAUGGAGUCCAGUGUGAAGAGAAGGCCGAGAUUACAAUCAUACAAUGUGAAGAGAACAUAUCUAAGAAAGAUGAAGCCUCUGUACCUCUAUCUGAAUGCCAGCCCACCAGCCCUGUCAUAUCUCCGGACACUUCAUGGGAGGACCAUCUCCUGGAGCAACAGGAUCAUUUAGAGAAGGAGAUGGAGGAAGCCAAAAAAAUGAUAUCCGGUUUACAGGCCCUGCUGCUAAAUGGAUCGCUUCCCGAAGACGAACAAGAGAGCCUGUUCUGCCUGCGUGAAGAUGGGGCGUGCCCAGAGGAACAAUUGGUCAUCAUCAAAAGCCGCCUUGACCAAAGUAUGAGUGAAAACCAGUCUUUAAAGAAAGAACUUCAAAACUGCAAACAGGAAAACCGGAACCUUCAGGGCAUUAAGGAUGCUUUACAGCAAAGGAUGGCUCAACAAGAAAGUGUUGUACUUCAGUUAAAGCAAGAACUACUGAGAACCAACAUGGACAAAGAUGAACUGCACAAUCAAAAUGUCGACUUACAAAGAAAAUUGGAAGAAAGAAACCAGUUUAUUGCUGAUUAUAAGAAAGAAAUCACACAAAAGGAUUGGCUCAUACAGCAAAUGCAAGGGAAACUAGAUGAAACACAUCGGAAACUUUCUGAGGUCAAUUAUCAAAAGAAUGAUCUUCAGAAAGAGUUAGACAACAGGAAGGUUCUCCUCCAGCAGUUCUUGAGGAGGGAGGAUGAGCAGGUCAAUAGUUACAUCAGUCAUCCCUCCCAGACUAAUGGAUUCUUGCAAACAUCUGGGAAAGGUCCUACACGAGAUCCUGCACCUCAGAGAACGGGUAAUGAUCUGCAGUUGGUACGUGAAGCUCUACGCAGUCUAAGAAAUAGCUUUAGUGGUCAUGACCCUCAACAUCAUACUAUAGAUAGCCUGGAACAGGGCAUAGCAAGCUUGAUGGACAGACUACAUGCCAUUGAAAACCAAAGGAGGCAAGACAGGAAGGCACGGGGAAGGCUGUCUGGAAAUAAAGAGUUAAGUGAAUACAGAGACUCAUGGCCUUCGAACUCAAAGAUGCCCCAUUCUCAAAGUGCCCCAGUAAUGGGAAGUAGUUCCUGCACCAAAGUGCUCUAUUUUACAGAUCGCUCGCUUACACCCUUCAUGGUCAAUAUACCAAAGAGGUUAGGAGAGGUGUCACUGAGGGACUUCAAGACGGCCAUUGACAGAGAAGGGAACCACAGAUACCACUUCAAAGCUCUGGACCCAGAAUUUGGAACAGUCAAAGAGGAGGUAUUCCAUGAUGAAGACAUCAUUCCAGGCUGGGAGGGUAAAAUUGUGGCAUGGGUGGAAGAAGACCAUGGAAACAUUUAACUAUGAGGAGCACUCACCUUGAACAGUAGAGAAGUGAUGACUCGUCACGGUGUGGAUUAUUCUUCAAGCUGCCAAAAAAAAAGGUCCCAUAUGGGCACCAAAAGGACAUGGUUUAUACAUGAAAAAGCAAUGAAGACGGCUUUUUAGGAAUUUGCCGACAUUGUAUUUUAGGAUCCUGUUGCGGAUUCAAGAGGAACAUUAAAGACAUUACUGUUUACAGAGCAGCUUGUCCAUGACUUAUGGAGAUCACAAGCUUCUUCAUGUGUACAUAUAUCCUAAGGGAGCAAAUUCAGUAUUUUUAAAAUGGCUAAAUUGUUGCAUUUAUCUAAGGUUUUGGAGUGUCCUAUUUUAAUAGAGUACAUAUUAGUUUUCCAAUAGACACUUUCAAGAAGUCGGAGUUUUCACUGACAAAUGUGUUUUAGAAUAAGGUACUUUAAUGGACAAAUGUUUUAUUCGCAGUAGCGUUGAUAUUUCUAAACCGAUGCCAACAAUGAUGGAAGAAUUUCAUGUUCUGUUAUGGAUGGCAAAGUUGUAGUCCAAGAAUGAGCAUAAACAGACAGAAGAACAGCAAACUUGUUGGUUAUAGUAGUAAGCCUUAAAGCUACCGGCUGUCCAUAAUUUUACAUACACCUCCAUUCAUCAUAUAGGCCUGAAACUGAUGUGUAGGAGGAAGGUUGGUAGCUCACCUGAAGCCAUGGAAACCUUUACGCAUGUGUCAUUUUAGUUUUUCAUGUUUUUAUGACGGAACAGAAAACUAAGAAUGAGAAGGCAAAUGUGAACAGAGCUGUAAAAGGCAGCGUUUUCCAAUCAGGGUGCCUCCAGCUGUUGCAAAACUACAACUCUCAGCAUGCCCGGACAGCCUUCGGCUGUCCGGGCAUGCGGGGAGUUGUAGUUUUGCAACAGCUGGAGUCACACUGCUUGGUAAACACUCCUUAAAGGAAUCUGUCAUAACUAGAGAUGAGCGAACUUACAGUAAAUUUGAUGCGGCACAAACUUCUCGGCUCGGCAGUUGAUGAC